AUCCGACGUGAAUCGAGUCGACGGGUCGGACGAUGCCAGUCCUACGCCGGACUCGGAACCUAGCGCCCUUUAAAUACCCUCUCCGCCCGAUCUUUUGCUUGUUACCUCAACACCCACCUCCCCCUUCGUCGCCCCUCAUCGUCUACUAGGUCUUCUCCUUCUCUUGCUCAAUCGAAGAUUUCCUCGGUUUAAAUUCUUUGAUCCGAUGGCGUCGCUGGACACGGACAUCAACAUGGUUCCCGCAGGCGAGGGAUCGAGCGGUGCCGCCGGGCCGUCGUCGUCCUCCAAGAAGCCGAAGCGCUUCGAGAUCAAGAAGUGGAACGCUGUCGCCCUCUGGGCCUGGGAUAUCGUCGUGGAUAACUGCGCUAUUUGCAGGAACCACAUCAUGGAUCUCUGCAUCGAGUGCCAGGCGAACCAGGCCAGUGCGACUAGCGAAGAAUGCACCGUUGCUUGGGGUGUCUGCAAUCAUGCUUUUCACUUCCACUGCAUCAGUCGGUGGCUUAAGACUCGUCAAGUUUGCCCUUUGGACAACAGUGAGUGGGAGUUCCAGAAAUAUGGCCACUGAUGUCCAAUAUAUGCAGAGAUGAACUUGCUGUAGUCAGUUUUAUUCUGCAUCUCGCUGGUGCGUUUGGGACCAUAUCGGAAAGUUUCCAUCUGUAUUAUUUACCUUAGCUCGGUUAUUACUUCAAGCGAAGAAUGAGCUUAUAUUUUAUUGCUUUAACAGUGGAUUCAAUACACUUAAGCGUUUGACUUGUGUUGAUUUAAAGAUUAAGCAGUUUUUUUUUUUAAAUUUGAGAUUGUCUGGAAGUGAUGGGAUAUUCUGCAGAUGGGGUGUGCGUCACUCAACUUCUAAUUCGUCUCAGUAUACAUAUUACAAAUUUGGUGCU